UUUUGAUUUCGUAGCCUUGUUGCUCUCUCUCUCUCUCUCUCUCUCGCUUCUGGCACCCAGAGCAAACCUCUCCAAAAAGAAAAAAACGAAGGCGAAACCGAGAAAGCUUCGCGUUUAGGUUCAUGCUUUAAGGGCUCGGAUUUGGCCGUUUAAUGGCGGAAUGAAGCUGCGGGGUUUCGGUUCAUUAUUGUGAUCUAGGCGUUUUCGUUUUGGGAUAGAAUUUGAAUUGUACAUUUUGUGUUCGACGAUUUGCGCGUUCGAAUAUUCGGACGCGUUCAGCUGAAGCAAGCAAGAGGAGCGCUAGCGGUAAGUGAAAUCAGCGUGGAAACACAGAGAUGCAGACGGAGGCGAGAGUGGGAGUGGUGGUCGAAGGAGGAGGCCCAAGGGCUCUGAAUUCGAAUAAGCAGCCGCCUAUUCGGCAACAGCAACAACAUUCGCAGAUCGGAACUGUUUCGCAGCUUCUCGCCGGUGGGUUGGCCGGGGCUCUUAGCAAGACUUGCACCGCUCCAUUGGCCCGUCUCACCAUUCUUUUCCAAAUACAAGGGAUGCACUCAAAUGUUGCAACUUUGGAAAAGGCCAGCAUAUGGCACGAGGCUUCUCGGAUUGUGAGGGAGGAAGGAGUUAGAGCUUUUUGGAAAGGCAACCUUGUCACUAUUGCUCAUCGUUUGCCUUAUUCAUCUGUCAAUUUCUAUGCAUAUGAGCACUAUAAGAAGGUCAGCUCCGACGAUUUGCUGCAUAUGAUACCUGGACUAGAGAGUCACAAAGAGAGGAUAGGGGGAGACGUAUUUGUUCAUUUCCUAGGUGGUGGUAUGGCAGGAAUUACAGCAGCAACAACUACAUAUCCUUUGGACCUUGUGAGAACACGCCUUGCAGCUCAGACAAAUGUGCUAUACUACCGAGGUAUUGGUCAUGCUCUUCAAACAAUUUGCAGAGAGGAGGGUGUCCUUGGGCUCUACAAAGGUCUUGGAGCCACACUCCUGGGUGUCGGACCAAAUAUCGCUCUCAGCUUCUCAGUGUAUGAAAGCUUGCGCUCUUUGUGGCAGUCUCAAAGACCGGAUGAUCACACAGUUGCGGUCAGUCUGGCUUGCGGAAGUCUUUCUGGCAUUGCGUCCUCAACAGAGAAGCAGGGUGUGGUGCAGGUUCUGCAUUAAUCAUUUAACCAGACACUGACUCCUAGAGCCAGAGACCGACUGGAGUUGUUUAAUGUCUUGCAUUUUGAGAAAUUUACUAAGGUUAUUGGGAGAUGUGCCAAUUCUUCGUUUCUAACUUCAUUAAACUAACUGGCACCACCUUUUUGAUGACUUGGGGCAGUUCCUUUCCACACUAGGUGGCACUACUCUGAAAGAGGACUAGCACUGUUAUUUACUUCUUUUACAAAGCAGAUGUGAGAUGUGUCCUCACUGGUGUAUGCUUCUCACCUAGUGCUUCCUUUGCAAAACGCGUUGCAAGUGGAAUUGUCCUUCAUGGAUGUAUGAAGUGCAGCUGUAGAGAUGCUGUGCUUUAAAUUUCAUGCGGUCAUGGUCAUUUAAGGGGGUUUCUCCGGCUGUUAUUAUAUCAAUAACUGCUUGGAAGGUGCUCACGGAUGUUCAAAAUGCUUAGAUGAGAAUAGUUGGCCUUCUUAAACUGGUUUUACCUCUGAAUUUAUGAAUAUUCUGUCAAACAUGAUACUUCACUAAUCAUGAGCUGCAGUGCAGCUGGAGCUGCUAUAACUGAAAAUCUCGUUCUCGAGCUGUAACAGUAACAUUUCCUCUCGAUCUUGUGAGAAGACGGAAGCAAUUGGAAGGAGCAGGUGGGCGAGCCCGUGUUUACACGACAGGGCUUUUCGGGAUAUUCAAGCAUAUAAUCAAGACGGAAGGAUUCCGAGGUCUAUAUCGAGGGAUUAUGCCCGAGUACUAUAAAGUUGUUCCUGGUGUUGGCAUCUGCUUCAUGACCUACGAAACCUUGAAAGUACUUCUUGCUGAUCUGCAUGCCACGGUAUAGCUUCUAGGAACUUACUGGAUAAAUUGCUCGUAUCGGGAAACGUGGGGCGAUAUAGAAUCCCAGCAAACCAGGCAGCUCAUCUUUGAUUGUUGUACCUUGUUUCCACACCCCCCCCCUUUCAAAAUGUAUUCUACUGGUCUCAUAGCAACCAGUUUUGCUUUGUUGCUGUUGAGAACUCUCAUUUUCACCCCAUGUAGAUAGUUUAGAAGGAAAACUGAAUAUCAAGUGUACCAUUUACCCUUCACAGUAGCCCCUUAUUAUUUACUCUAGCAAAGUCACAUAUGAGAUUCAUUACGAUCAACGGGUUCUCAACAUUGUUUAGAACUUUUUGUGACAGAAAGUUCUAAUGUUUGAGUUCCAGUGACCCA